AACAUCAUAAUAAUGGUAGCUAGUUAACUAACUGUGCAUCUUAACUUCAAAGUGCAACAUGAGAGAAACAAGUGAACAAGUUAGAUUGAUUUUAAGAGUGAUUGCAUAUACCAUAAUUAGGAGACAUUUAGCCAGGAGGAACGUUCAUUUAUAAUUCAACAUCAAUGGCCAGGACAAGUAAAUAACCUCUUUAAUUAUACAAAAGCAAGACCCUAAGUUAGGGGAGUCUACAGCCAAUCAUCAGCCAUGAAGAUAGCUGUGGAAGGGUGUUGCCAUGGUGAGCUGGAUAAGAUCUACGAGACGAUUGGCUACCUGGAGCAGAAGGAGGGAGUGAAGGUUGACCUGCUGCUGUGUUGUGGAGACUUCCAGGCUGUGAGAAACGAGGGAGACAUGAAAUGCAUGGCUGUGCCGCAAAAGUACAGGCAGAUGCAGACCUUCUACAAGUACUACUCCGGAGAGAAGAAGGCACCAGUCCUUACCAUCUUCAUCGGCGGUAAUCACGAGGCAUCCAAUCAUCUCCAGGAGCUACCGUACGGCGGCUGGGUGGCUCCCAAUAUCUACUACAUGGGUUAUGCUGGUGUCGUGCGCUACAAAGGAGUACGGAUCGGCGGCUUGUCAGGAAUCUUCAAAGGGCAUGAUUACAGGAAAGGCCAUUAUGAGUUCCCUCCGUAUAACCCAGAAACUCUACGCAGUGUUUAUCACAUCAGGAACAUCGAAGUCUUCAAACUCAAACAGAUCCAGAUGCCGGUGGAUGUCUUCAUGACCCACGACUGGCCUCGUGGGAUCUACCAUUACGGCAGCACGGGGGAGCUGCUGAGGAAGAAGAAGUUCCUGAGGCAGGAGGUGGAGUCCAACACGCUGGGCAGUCCGGCGGCCGCGGAGCUCCUGGCACACCUGCAGCCUAACUACUGGUUCUCGGCGCACCUCCAUGUCAAGUUCGCCGCCGUCAUGCAGCACCCGCCCAAAGGAGAUUCCGCUCCUCGCACUACCAAAUUCCUCUCACUGGACAAGUGCCUCCCCUACAGGGACUUCCUACAGAUUGUCGAGGUGGAAGACCGGUCCGGGUCAUCGGGUCUAGAGUACGACCCAGAGUGGCUGGCCAUCCUCAAGGCAACAGACAGCCUGCAGACUGUCAGCCCCAACUACUGGAACAUCCCACAGAACAACGGUCUGCACACCAGGUGGGACUUUAGCGCGUCCGAGGCUGCCAUGUUGGAGGCCGUCGGCGACCUGGGGGGGGAACUGUCCAUCCCGGACAACUUCAGCCUGACCGUGCCAGCCUACGACCCGGCCCGGCCCCAGCCCCACGCGCCCCCCAGCUACAGCACCAACCCCCAGACCACGGAGCUCUGUGCCACGCUGGGCCUCACGGACAUCUACGCCCAGGUGGGGCAGGGCGGCUACGGGGGUCCGGUGGGAACGGGAGCCCCGGAGCUGGAGGACGACGACGUGCAGAGCGGAGACGAGCCCAGCGAGUACCCCACGGACACGUCGGGCCUGUCCAGCUCCUACAACCCCGAUGAGAUCACCAUCGAAGAAGAGUGGGAGGACGAAGAGGGGGAGGGGAACAUAGAGAAGGGACAGAGUCCGGAUGCCGUGGUGCCUGAGGGGGAGGCUGGAGAGAGACGGGACUCGGGGAGCCCCCCUGAGCACCCCCCAAGCCGCACGGUACUCACCAUGCCUGAGCCCAAGUCAGACCCCGAUCGCUCCUCACGUCUGUCCCUCAACCUGCCUCCCCCCUCGUUCUCCUCACCCCCGGGAGAGGAAGAGGAGGAGCACCAAGUACGGAUCCCCAAGCGCACCAGUGGGGAGACAGGGGACCCCAGCAAUACAGGCAGCACCCCCAGGAUCAAACGCAGGAACCAGGUCAUCUACACUGCGGUGGACGAUGACAGUGAGGACUAAGAUUCAGAGGUGAAGCAGUGGGAACUGCAGUCACAUACUGGAUUCUUAUGGGCUUUUUUUAUAUUAUCGGUCAAUGCAAACCAACAGGGAGCUGUUUUUUAUGAGGAAAAUAAUCAUGAUGCCAUUUAUUUUUUUAAGUCGUCUAAUUUGUUUCCUUUUUGUAAAUAAUAAAAUUAGAAAGAAAUUGAUUUUUUUUAAACGGGUUUGAUUUGCAAUGAGUCACACUAAUUUGGCACAUUAGUUUUCUAGUGUGGGUCAUCUGCAAAAUAUCUGUAAACAAAUAAACAAAGGUUGUGUGUUACUGUCUUGUACGCCAACGUCAUAAAUCUUAACACUUUAUCAUAUAAUCUUCAGUCUUCUAUGCAAAUACAGAGAUGGGUAUCCCUG